CUAUUUCUCUGCAAGAGCAAAUCACAUCUUAUUGAUUCUCUUUCACUACGAACACAUCCUUCAAUACACCAAAGACCUUAUUUCCAUCUUCCAUCGAUUAAUAACCAGAUCUGUUAGUUCCUUAGCAAUGGAUUUCCACAGCCUGACCAGGAAAGAACUCCAAACUCUUUGCAAGAAGAACAAAAUCCCGGCAAACAUGACCAACGUCGCUAUGGUCGACGCUCUCAAGGCUCUUGAGAUCGUUGAAGGGAUUGAAGAAUUCUUGAAGCCUUUAGCAUCUGAAACCGAACAAUCUUCUAUUGAAUCACCUGAGAAAACGGUGAUAACUACACCGGCUGUUCCUCGCACUGGUUGUAGAACAUCUACUCGGCGAAAACAAAUCAAAGAAGUGUCUGAAACUUUGCAGACUCUGACUGCGACGACAUGUCGGAGAACAACAAGAAGGAUUGCCAGAGAGGUGGAGGAAGCAAAGAAUGAUGUUGCACAAACUCCGGCGGCACCUACCACCCGGAGGACUCCGGCAGCUUCAGAUAUUCAAAAAAUGAAGAUCCAAUUGAAGGACAACGAAGGAGACGAUAACAUUAGGGAUCAAAUAGAUCGAGAAAAGAGAGUUGUUUCGGAAACUCCUGCAGAGGCGCCAAACAGUCGGAGAAGGGGGUUGCCGUCGUCGGUUCGCCGGAACGUGGAGACCCAAUCUAGGAAUGGGAAAAAUGAGGAUUUGAAGGAAGGCGUGGUGCACAGAGUGUACAGUACAAGGCGAUCGGUGAGGUUGUCUGAAAAGAAUUUGUCGGAGUCCAAUCUGAAGGAGAAAGAAAGAGUUGAACCAAUUAAAAUCGAUUCAUUUUCCAGUGAAACACCUAAAGAUUCGGAGGUAAAGUUGGAAGAGGGUCCGGAUGAUUUGGGUGAAGUUUUAGACGAAUUGGCUGAAUCUGCUGCUGAUAUGCAGACAAUAUUGGAAGAUGGAUCGGAGAGAAGCGAUGAUUUAGUUGUUUCAGCUCAAAAAUCAAAUGAAGUGACAGCCAAUGCAACAGAUUUGAAAGAUGAUGUUCAAGAAAAGAAGAGUGAUCACUAUGAAGAAGGCGAUCGCAGUGCAAAUUCAGAAGAGAUUUCAAGGGGGCUUGAUGAAUCACGUGUUGCCUUGGUUGAAGAUGAACAUGCCAAGGGGUUGAUGGUGGAUAAGGAAGGAAGUGAUGAUUUAGUUGAUUCAGCUCAAAAAUCAAAAGAAGUGACAACCAAUGCAACAGAUUUGAAAGAAUAUGUUCAGGAAAAGAAGAGUGAUCACUCUGAAGGCAAUUGCAGUGCAAAUUCAGAAGAGGUUUCAAGGGGGCUUGAUGAAUCAAACGUUGCCUUGGUCGAAGAUGAACAUGCAAAGGGAUUGACAGUGGAUAAAGAAGGAAAUGAAGAAGGUGCGGUUGAUGUUGGUAACAAGGGUGAUGAUGAUUUAGAGAAAAAAUCAGAGGUAGGAAGUGAGAAAUUUGAUGAAUUAGACAUUCAUUCAAGCAACAACUUUGGCAAGGCAUUAGAUAUGGAAAAUGAAGCCAUAGAAAACAUUGGGACUGAAUCUAUGUUUGGUUCUGCCACAAAUGAGAAUGGUGAAGAAUUGAAUGAUAAUAAAGAUAUGGGAUUGGAAGAUUUAUAUGAUGUACCUGUGAAAAUUGAAGUCCGCGAAAGCAAAGAGAAUUCAAAUGAGAAUGGGGCAGAAUUGAGUGAUGACAGAGAUAUGAAAGAUUUAUAUAAUGUAGAGGUGAAAGUUGAUUUUCUAAUACACAAGGGAUUUAAUGAAUUUGCAGUUGAUGUGUUGCCUUCCUAUACUGAGCUCUCAAAAUUGGAGAUUGGAGAAGAGUGUAAUGUUGUAUCAGAAGAACCGGCUACUGUCCCAUACUCUGAGAAUGUUUGCGGUAAUGUUCUGGACCUUGUUGCUCCGCAAUGGUCAAUGGCCCAAGAUGACAAUGAUUCUUUGCCUAAAGAACAAGCUAGUCCUUUUUUUAAGCAAGACCAGAUUCCAUCAAGCUUGGCAGAGCCAGACCAUGUUGCCCAUCUGACUCAUUUGACACCAACCAAUAAGUCUUCAAUCAAUACCCCAUUGAAGAAAUCUUCAAGCAAUACUCCAUCGACCAUUAGAAGGAUGUCCCUUGUUUCAGAUGACAAGGAGAACAUUGACAACAGUGGCAGAAAAUUGGUGCUUACAAUGGAGAAGGAGAAGAAAAACAAAAUAGACUGUGUCGAGGAUAACAAGCUGAAGUCAUUGAAUGAUAUGAGCUUGAGGCAGUUGGAAAAAAUGUUGAAAGAGAAGUUGCAGAUUACAAAUACUAAUACUAUGAACAAAAUUGAGGAGAACACCAAGGACAUUACUAAGAUGGCAAAGUCCAGACCAGCCUUGCAAGCACUGUCAGAGAACCAUCCAGGCGAACUUGGAAAGAAAAACUGAAGGCAUCUUAACCAGAGGCAAUAACAGUUCCAAAAAUUUAUGUGUUGGUUGUUUUAGUGUAAACCUUCUUGGUUUUCUCCUUUUGAUAUUUUUGUUCCCUCUCAACUAUAGCAGAACUUGGAUGUUCUUUUCUUUUCUGUAAUAACUCUGCCAUAGUUUGACCAAUGGUAGCUUAUUAAUUUAUACAUGCUCUUCAGUAAUCUGAAAUCUUGUGUUUCUU